UCGGUUCAAUCAUUACGAAUAUACACAAUCAUGGCGGAGAAGGUUCUGUCUUCCUAUGCUAUGCCGCUUCAGAUGAUCUUCCUCGAAGCUAUGGACGUGGACUUGGUGCGAGUGAACCCACGAACUCAACGGCCACAUUAUUCGAUCGAGCAAAACCACACUUUGACCUUUGGAGGGUUCCUACAAGUGUUCAAACAUUACCACAUAUGCCCUGAUCUGUUGUCUCGGGCCCAAGUUCUGACGUUGUUCAAGUCACUGGAUAAACAACACCCGUCUAAAAUGGAGGUGCACGACUUCAUGGCAGCGUUGGCCAAGUGCGCAUUGCUGGUGUUUUCAAGUGUGGAAUGGGAUCGGCAAUACCCCACAGAAGAACAAAAGAUGCGGUUAUUGCUGUUAUGGAUGGACAAGAACAGCCGCCUCUUCAAGGGCAACGGAAGCAAGUUGUGCAAGAGCGUGGCUGUUGUCACCGACAGCCAGGUUGGGAACACACCACCCCAUCAGUUGGACAGGUGGCUAUCCCUGCCCCAUAUCGAAUCACUGGACACGGCCCUACAGACGGCAUUUGGAUACUAUUGCGCAGACGAUUCCAAUGCGAUUACAAGCAUGUCAUUUUUACGGUUUCUUCGCGACGCGGGAUUGUGUGACAACGCGAAUCUUCGCCUUGCCGACAUUGACGUGAUUUUCCAUCAAAUUCGGAGCGCGCACAGGACCACCCCACUGCCACAAACUCUCUGUUUUGACGAAUUUUAUGCGGCGUUGGGGGUCGUGUCAAGCCGGCUGUACACGUCCACAGGGUCGUCGAACCGGUGCUUCCUUGAGUUGUUGAACGACUACAUUUUGCCUGCCAUGGCCCACAUGCAUCAUUCACAUCUGCCGUUGACGAACGCCCAUGGCUCGUGGAGGGAGCGAUGGCAGCAACUUUGUGCGCUGAAGGAAGUGUUGGCGUCCCCGUCAAUUCGAAUGAUCUUUGAUGCCCAGUCGACCGAGUAUACGUCCGCAUCGAUUAACGUCGUGUCACCACCUUUGCCGGACUUGGCGAAAACGAAACAAGACCAACUCCAAGCCCCUGAACCAACGUCGUGCCAGGCAACAGCACCGUUCGGGCAGACUGUUAUAAGUCCGACCGACUUUCUCUCAUCGACCAAGACAUCGUCCAUUUCCACCGCCCUGGUUCCACCCACAUCCUCCGUCCUGCCACAGACACUUAAGAGUCACAGUCCAAACUUGCACAGUUCCAGCUCACAACCUCGUGCAACGUUGGAAGCCCAAGUUCUCGACGAAUUACAGCAACUCAGUCAACAUUUACGCCACAAGCUCCAGCAGGCUCCGCCCGAUGCCUCGUCCUCCAUGAUCGCAGAGGGUGCCUCGUAUACGCUACCUACAAGCGCCUUGCGCCUCACAACAGCCCUGGAUCGCUUGUCGCAGGAACUGUCCAUGCCGCCCCCCAUACGACGUCUCGAUUUUCCUGACAACAAGGUUGCAUCGUCCACAGCCCCGACAUUCCCUCGACGGGCAAAGCAGUGUCAGCCUCACACGUUACACGUUUGACGCUAACAAGAUAAAAUAAUACUCCAUUGUAUGUAUCGUGUAGGUAUCGCAGCGGUUCAUCAAAUACAACUACUACGUACUUCGAAGUAAUAUAUAUAACUCGGACAACAAUUCUACUCCAUCGAUGGUGUUAAGACGUCGUGGUGGGGAUCUCGACGUGGAACACAUCUCGCAACAUUUGGAGGCAGUGGCGAAGCUCCCCCACCGAAAAGUAUAGGUCGCUGCAGUACGUAUCCAUGCUGUCGUACGGAAUGCACCCUGACGAGUCUACGUCGAAACACCGUGCAAAGUCCUUGAACACGUCUUCAGCGGGCAUGAGGCCGAGCAUCACAGAUGGAUGGCUGGGGGCGUCAUACGCCUUGGCCAACACCAGCGGCGUGCAGUCGCCUUUGGCUUCGACUUGCAAGUGGGCAAACACCCGCUUGGCCAUUUUCACCAACUGGUCGUCCUUGGGCAUGGCCAGACACUUCCAGAAUCCGGCCGUGGACGCCCGAGCGCUUGUCACAUCUUCGCCACGCAGCGGACAGCGUUGGCGCACGUCGUCCACGAGUUUCUGAACGAUCUCCGUCGGCAACGUGACUUGAGCGGUUUGCCCCAGCGCGGCUUGCACUUGGGUGGCGGCGAUGGUUUUUCCAUACUGCAAGAUGGUUCGGCGAACUUGCACGAUGGUCACGAGUCCUUUCGAUCGCAGCACUUGGCGCAACGCCCCCCACAGUCCAUCCACCUGUGCCACGCUGGGGUUGGUGCUCAUCAUGCUACUGUUCGAAAGUCGUUGGAUGACCGACUCUGUCGUGCGUUGCAUGGCUUGCAGCGGCAUGACUUUGGCUUCGGUUAGUCGGGUGGGGGUAGCUUGCGCUGACUUCGGAGGGUCCACCGUGUGAUUCAAGCACGCAGUCACGUUGAUCGAGUUGAGCGUUUUGAUUGUCCCAGGCUGGUUCAUGUACGACUUGAUCUGUCGCUCCAGUCGUUCUGGCACACUGGACAUGUUGACGCCCAAAUCGUCUUCGACUUCCACAACAUGGGAGUCGUUGACGAGCACCCGACGGUUGGUCGUGUUGGCACACCAUCCCUUUCCGCCUGAAAUGUGCCACGAAUUGCGCAUCAUGAGCUCAAAGUAG